GUGUGGUCUAGCCGGAAGUCAAUUUUCAUUGGCUGAUAAUUUGGAGGUAAAAUUUCAUAUAUUUCAAAAGUGGGACUCAUCGGGAGGGAACAAUGCCCAAACUUAAGAAAAAUAAGAAGAAUGCCACUAAAGUCCCCAUGGAAAUGGUGGAUGACAAUAUUAAAAAUGUCAUUGGGAAAUUGUUUGUCACCUCCUUCACAAGAAUUCACCAAAUCAUCAAGGAAGAUGUGGUUAAAAUGUUUGAGGACGAAUACAAAUGGGCAGAUGAACUGCUGGAAGAAGUCAAACGAGAGUUUUCAAGCCCUGUCAGCAAGAUCAAGCUAUUGCCAAAGACCCCCUCUGCUAAGCGAAAGAGGGGACGCAUAAGGAAGGAAACGGUCAUCGAAGAAGAAAAAGAAACAGAGAAUCCCACAGAAAGUGUGCCUACUCCUUGUGAUACGGAUGCUAACAUUCUUGCUUACGAGACGCCCCCUCAGCGGACCUACCGUACCAGAGCGGCCUCAAGGACAGCUCAAACCAAGAGAGUUACCCGCAACACGGCAGCAAAGAAGGCCGCCAAAAAUUCAGAGAGUGAAGACCUGGCCAAUGAAGUACAACCCACGGAAGAUAAGAGAACACCAGUCCUUAACUUCAACAGUUCAACUAAAUGUGAUAAUUUAACACCUAAUAUACUUUUGAAAGGGGGGACUUCUAAACCCCAGACUUCUGAGUCACAUGUUUUUAGCCCUCCGGUUGGGAAACCAGGUAAAGGUCAUGUGAAGAACAAAGUUCAUGCAUAUGAAGAAUACAUAGAGCAAAACAGCCCCUCGUCAAGUCGUGGACAGGCCGUGAACCAGAGUCCCGUACCAGAAACACCGGAACAAACGGAAUCUGUGUCUAGACCGGAUGAAAGUUGCCGUGAGACACCAGAGGCAAUGACUUUGGGUAAAAGAUUGAGUGUACAUAAAUCCCUGAGAUCAACAUCCGCCAGUAGAAAAAGUUUACUGAAGAGUAGUAAAAUACACAUGAACCCCAAACUUCUACAUGCAGCUGAAAAUAAAGAGACUCCAGGAAAGAAGAAUAAACUUAAGCUAAAGAAGAAAGUCCAAAAAGAUCAACAGGACGAGGAAGAAGGAGAAAGCCAAAGUGAGCCAAAUAUUGUAGAUUCUUCAACACAUGAUAAUUCUGAUGAAAGAAAACUAGAUUCAGAAAAGGAAAAUUCAGCAGUGAAUUGUGCUGAGUCAGUGCAGACUGCUAUGAACAUUGACGAUGAACCAGAACAUCAAGCAGAGAGUGAACAUGAAGAAGAAAAGAGAGAAAGUACACAGGUUCAAGUAGAUGAACCAGUGGAAUCAAAGGAGGUUAUUCAAGAGCCGGUAGAAAAGGAUAAUGAAAAGUCGUCAGGUGAGGAACAGGAUGUCUCAAUGCACAGCGCUGCAGAGGAGCCUUUAUCUACUUCACAUCAGGAGUCUGGGAAAGACACAGAGGAAAAGGGCGGUCAAGUGGAGGAUGUUUGUAUGGAAGAGAGUGAAAAUGUCCCAACUGUAGACACUAAAGAGAGUGAAAGUACUAGAGACCAAGAACAGGUUGUGGAAAAGGGAGAGAGUGAGAGGAAGGAUUUGUCCUCGGAUGUUAUUGUAGGAGAAUCUGAUGAUGAUGAGGUGAUGUUGUUAUCUGAGGACGAGGAAUGUAAAACGUCCACGGAGUCGAAACAAAAGACGGAUUCCGUCACCCAAGCUGAUGACGAAAGUGAAGAAACCGAAGAGGAAAAACAGCCACCCCGAGCCAGCAAGCGCACCAAGCAGAGAAACCAGCCUAAAACUCAGGUCAAGUCCGAGUCCGAUAGCGAAACCGAUGCUCUUCCUCCAAAAAGGACCAGGACGAAAACCAGGAAAGUUUUGGAGAAUGAGAGUAUGGAGGUGGCCAAGCCAGUCAGACAGAGUACCAGGACUAAGCAGAGGAAGCAGGAGGGGGCCUCUGUGUCGUCUGCUGCGGGGUCAGAUACCACCAGCGAGGUGGACUCUGGUCACGGCAGUCUGACCAACGGCUCUAGGACCACCAGGUCCAAGAUGAGGAAGGCUAAAGGAAGCUCGGUCACUUCUGAUGCAGAUGCUCAUUUUGCUGUCCCAGAAAAUCCUGCUCCCAGGGCAAGAACGACCUCAAGAAAGAGAACUCUGGACACGGAUGGUGAAGAUGAAAUAAACUCAUCUCUGUCAAAGAAAACCAAGAGAGAAAGUGGUGACUCCUCUGAGGUGACUUCCGAUGCCAAGAGCAGCAGUUACAGGAAAGGUACAGACACACUAACAGAUGAUGAAAGAAGCAGUCAGAGUGAAGAAGAAACACCUGAUUCAGCGCGAGCACAGGCAAAGAUUGUGAAACCCGUGUCUUUCCUGAACAACUUGAACAAUAAAGUGGUGCGACCAGCUGGACUCAAUUUCAGUGGAGUGAAGUCCUUCCUGCAUCAGAACACCCCACCUAACAAACUCUCUGUCAAGGAACAGCAAGAACAAAGAAAGAGAGAGCUAGAGGAGAAGAAAAAGAAAGAAGCCGAGAGGUUACAAAAGAGAGAACUGGAAAAGAAGAAAAAGAUAGAGGAGCUCCGAAAAAAAAGGGAGGAAAGGAUGAGAAGAGUUAACGAGAGGAGAGAGCAGGCCAAUCGUGAGGAGAUGGAGUCUAAAAAUAGAAUAAUGAAGACCCUGGAGGAGAAGAGUAGGCAGGCCGACGAUCUGAAAGAGGAGAAGAUGAAGGAGGAGCAGGAGAGACAGAAACUCAGGUUGAAAAAGCAGGAAGAGGCGGAAGAGAGACGGAGACAGGAAGAGGAGGAGAGAGCCAGAAAACUCAAAGAACAGGAGGAGAUGGAACAGAGGAAUAUCGAGUUCAUGCAGAGGAAGAAGGAACACGAGGAGCAGGAGAGACUGAGGAGGAAGGCUGAGGAGCGCAGGAAGUUUGAGGAGCGGAUGGCGGAGUUUGAGCGGGAGAGGAUCGCGGAGCACGAGAGGCUGAAGAAGAUUGAGGAAGAGAAGAUCAGGGAGAGGCAGAAACUCAGGGAGGAAAGAGAGAGGCAGCUGGCAAAGGAAAGAGCUGAGAGGGAGCGGAUUGAUACAGAAAAGAGAAAACAAAAAGAGUUGGAGCUCAAACAGAAAAUGGAAAAAAUCAAAGAAAUGGAGAAGAAACGAUUAAUGGAAGAAGAGAAGCGAAGACAAGAGCUGAAGGAGAGGGAGAAGGCUAUCAAUGCCAUCGUAAACAAACAUAACAUGGCGGCCCAGAGUGUCCCCGCUACCAGCGUUGUCUCCGGAAUGCCCAAACCCAAUCUGAACUCCACGCUAACCGUCGAACAGCCCAUCAACAGCCAGGAGAAAAUUCCAAACCCGGACUCCUAUGAGAUGACGCCAGCCAAGAAAUUUCUGCCCCAGAAGGUGUCCUUGGAGAGCUAUGACAUUUCUGAUCUCCGAUCCGACGAUUCCACCGACGAGGAUGAUGCUCCCAGGAAAAGGGUGCCUAACUGGGCCCUAGGGGCUUCACUGAAGGCAGCUUUGAUUCAGCAACAUUACCAUCCCCCUGACCUGAAUCUCCUCUUCACAGAAAUCGUGCCCCCUGAUCUCAACGAGUUGUUUGUCAAGAAGAAGGCUAGGUUUAACAAGAGAACAAGUUCUGCCAUCUGGACAUCACCUAUCCUGAAACCUGGCAUGAAUCAUCAUUGAUAUUGUCAUUUUGUUUAUUACAAUGACAUUUCAGUCAAGAACAAUGCACCAGUGCUUGCAUUCCUGAAAUGCAGAUCCAUGUACGUUGAUGAAGUUUGUCAUUUUCUGUGACAUUUUGUGCCAAUGAGCAAUUAUUUUUUUUUUUUUAUUUAUCAGUUUUGGAAGACAACAGAAUUUAAUGCAUGAAUGUGUGUAAACACGGUACAGCAUGUUUUUUUAUUUCCCCUUGAUAUAUGUGUAAGUGUACAUGGUAUUUAGCGGGAUUCUGUUGAUGUACACAAGUUAUGAUAUUGCAGAAGGGAGUGUGAUUUUAUUUUUUCUUGAGAGAGUUUGUAUGCAGUUGUGGUUUUAAUCAAGUUUUCUACUUAAUUUGUCUUUUCAGGUCUAAGUAUAAAAUUCAUUUUACAUAUUGUACAUAUGACAGUCAUUGAGAAGAAAAAACACAAAAAUGUGCAUAUUUAGUCAUUUGAAGGUUUAACCACAGACUGUUUUCUUUGUUAGAUCAUUUACCCCAAAACAAUAAGUUGUAAAUUAACACUAUAAUUUUUCUUCCUAGCUUUCAUUCAUAUUCUUUCAAUCCUUACCCCCCCCCUUCUCUUUCUCUCUCUCUCUCUCAAAGCUGAUCAAAAUUGGAGAAACUAACCACUAAAUAAUAAAAUUUCUGGUCUACUUCCAUAAAAGGAUUCAUUUCAAAAGAAUUACUUGUAGAUAUUUCCAUAUACAUGUAAGUGAUUUUUUUUUUCUUUUUCAUUGUAUCUCAUUUUUUAAUAUGUUUUGUUUCAUUUGACAAGAAAUAUUUGACAAAAUUUGCAAAAAUUAAAAAAUGUAAUACAUGUAUUAAACUGACUUGUGUCGUAUGAAGGAAGUGCAUGCUUACAAAUGAAGUAAAUAUUUAAUGAUGACAUAAUAUCAAUAAUUUGUUUGUACCAUGAACAUUUCUAUUAAAUAAGAAAAUAAUU